UUGUCACCUCCUUCUUCCAUCUCUUUCUCUUUGUUCUUUAAACUCUUCCAAGUGUCUCCCUUUCUUUUCUUCUUCUUCAUGGUCCUUUCUCUACUUUGUUUGUCAUUGUUGAACCAUCAAGAAGAAGAAAACUUUUUGGUGACUGACACAAAGAAAUGGGGUGUGUUCAAGGCAAGAAUUCAAUGAACUCACCACCUACAGGGCUAGAGAAGCUAAAAAUGGAAAAUGGGUAUAUAGGAACAGGAGGAUUUGUGGGUCAUAGAAGGUCAACUGGCCAGAGGUAUUCUGCGUCAGGUCGGGUUUAUAGGCCUGAACCACCUAAGAAGCUUAAUGGAUUUGGUAGUGCUGAUGGUGUUGUGGCUGGUGGUAAAGAAGGUAAUUUUAAUGGUAAAGAAAAAGAGAGAAGCGACAAAACUGUUGAAAAGAGAAAUUGUUUGGUUGUUGGAGACGAGAUAGUUGAUGGAUGGCCUAAAUGGCUCAUUGAUAAUAUCCCAAAAGAGGUUUUGGCUGGUUUGGUUCCAAAAAGUGCUGAGUCAUAUGUUAAGCUUGAUAAGAUAGGUCAGGGUACCUACAGCAAUGUGUAUAAAGCUCGAGAUAGGGAGACUGGAAAGAUUGUUGCCUUGAAGAAGGUCCGUUUUGACACAUCGGAACCUGAGAGUGUGAAAUUUAUGGCACGAGAGAUAAUGAUAUUACUGAAGUUGGAUCAUCCCAAUGUAGUGAAGCUCGAAGGGUUGGCCACAUCGAGAAUGCAAUACAGUCUUUAUCUAGUUUUUGACUUCAUGCAGUCAGAUCUGGCAAGAAUUAUAUCUCGUCCUGAGGGCAGGCUUACAGAACCACAGAUAAAAUGUUACAUGCAUCAGCUGCUUUCAGGUCUGCAGCACUGCCACGAAAGGGGAAUUUUGCAUCGGGAUAUUAAAGGAUCUAACUUACUGAUUGAUAAAAAUGGGAUGCUAAAAAUUGCCGAUUUUGGGCUUGCAAAUUAUUUUUCUCCUAACCGCAAGUAUCCCCUCACAAGCCGAGUUGUGACACUUUGGUAUAGAGCUCCUGAGCUGUUGCUAGGUUCUACGGACUAUGGAGUCGGAAUUGACCUUUGGAGUGCUGGAUGCCUCUUGGCAGAGAUGUUUGCGGGGAGGCCAAUCAUGCCAGGUAGAACGGAGGUUGAGCAACUUCACAAGAUUUUCAAGUUGUGUGGCACCCCAUCAGAGGAAUAUUGGAAAAAGUUAAGGCUGUCUACAACUUUCCGACCUCCUCAGUCAUACAAACCUAGCCUAGUAGAUGCUUUCAGGAACUUCCCCAAAUCUUCAUUGGGUCUUUUGAGCACUCUUCUUGCUUUAGAUCCCGCAUAUCGUGGCUCUGCUUCUGCAGGCCUUCAAAAUGAAUUUUUUUACACAAGUCCAUUGGCAUGCGACCUUUCAGGUCUUCCUGUUAUUUACAAUAAGGAUGACGAAACUGAUGAACAGAGAAAGUACAGAAAUCCGAAAAUGAAACAACGGUCUCGAACGCUUCGUGAGCGCAGGAAACAAGAUGAGGUGGCUGAACAAAAGGAAGAAACCAUGUUUCCAAGGGAGGACACUGAGAAAACUGCUGAGCCAAAUGUGCAAGUCCAAGAACCUAGCAGCAGUACCACCAGCACCUCAUCAGGUUCAAAGCCCACCCAGGUGGAGAGCCCUUCCCUUUUUCUCUCUCCAGUUGCUUCUUCUGGCCAGAAGAUAUCCCCACACACCCAUGUUCAUUCUAGUGCUAGUAGGAGCAUUCGAAACCGGCCUCCGCUACCCAGCUCCCAAACACGAGCUGCAAACUAUCAGAAGGACAAUGGUAAUAUGUACAGAUUGAAUCAAGUUAGUAGGUCUGCAUCCACAAGGGAGUUCAGAACUUUGAAUCAAAGGAAGCAUUUAGAAUAUGCGAUUGAUGAUUAGGCCAUGUGAAAUGACUAAUUGAUGCUGAGAUUUUGCGAUUUUGAGGAACUUGAACCAUCUCCUAAAGGUUUUAAUUUGAUAUAUUUUUUUCCCUCCAUAAACUGAUCUCCAAGUAAAUAAAUAUAUCUGUUGAUGCAUGUAUUUUGAUGUGAUACGUGAUUAGUAAGUGUCACAUACCCUGAGGAUUGACUAAAUAGCCUGCUAAUCAAAGUUCAUGAUAUGUUUGUA